CCAGAUGUGUAUAGUUAGACGGAAGGGACUUCUAACAAUAAUCUACCAGUACUGUGGUAUCUGAUAACAAGACACGACAGGCAGACACUAUUUGAUGUUCCACGGACAAUGUACAACAGAAUGCAGGAGCACGCUCUGACAGAAUGACAAGUGAGUGACUGCAGCUCCUUCACACACACAUCUGUUGAAACAGUUAGUUCCAUACAAGGUGAGCACACUACAUCCUGUGGUAUAAAGGUCCAGACCUCUUGGCAGAGGUCAUUGUACUCACAUAUAGGUUGUAGUAUUUGUUUACAGCAGAAUGCUGUUUGACUGUUGUACUGUAUAUAUAGUGCGUUGUUGUUGUUGUUGUUAACAUAGCCUUUGCCUCAGGCUGGCAGGUAUAACUGAUCAUUUGCCUGUGGUUUGUAACAUUUGCAUCAGCGAACAGACCUACACAAACAGAACAACAUAACUCGUGUUCACCUGAGGACACACUUCCUCAUUCCAAAGUAACUGCCUAGUGCUAUUUUGUCUAUGGUGGCCCUGUUCAUAAACAACCACACACCCUUAAACCCUAGGGCCUAGGCAGGUCUAAGCAACAUGGUAAUAGCGCCACCUUUCCCUAAUAGUUAAAUAACAUUUACAUUUACAUUUACAUUUACGUCAUUUAGCAGACGCUCUUAUCCAGAGCGACUUACAUAAUAGAAAUGAUUCUGCUGAUGAUGAUAAUGAUGAUGAUGAUGAUGAUUAUGAUUAUGAUUGAAAGGAUGGUCAAUGGUCAUGAUGCCAACGAUGUCGAAUAUUGUGAUAAUGGUGAUAGCGAUGAUGAUAAUGGGUGAGAUAGUGGUGAUGAAGAUGGUAAUAAUAACGAUGAUGAUGGUAAUGAUGAUGAAGAUGAUUAUGGUAAUGAUAGUGAUAAUUACGCCGAUGAUGAUGCGUCUGUGUCUCUCUCCAGCUCCGUGGCUUGAAACGUCCCACUGGCUCGAAUACACCCUUCCACCAGUGAUCAUUCACCAUGGUAACCAUACAACGACAGCAUUGAAUAGCAACCAGUCAUGUAGUGGUGAUGACGAGUUAUUUAAGUACCGAGCCUAUACUGUCACCUACCUACUGGUGUUCCCUAUGGCGUUGCUUAGCAACAGUGGAGCGCUGUUCGUGUUCCUGCGACUGACGCCCAAAUGGUCCGCGUCCUCCGUCCUCAUGACCAACCUCGCCCUAUCAGAUGCAUGCUUCUCCCUCACCCUGCCGCUGCGAUUGGCCUACUACUUCAGGGGCGCUCGCUGGGACCUCCCUGAUUGGCUGUGCCGACUGUGUGUGUUUUGCUUCUAUCUCAACCUCUACACCAGGUACAGUAUACACACGCACACACACACACAACCUAAUUAUCUGAAGGUGUUAGUGUUAUCAUGAUGUGAGUUGACACAGGUUGCCCAGAAAGACACCUAACUAAUAAACUUUAACUAUUCUUUCCUACAGCGUUCUCUUCCUUACUGGACUGAGCGUGCUCCGUUGGCUGGCCGUGCUGAAGCCUCUCCGUCAUCGAGCCUUUGCCACGCCCCUUCGUGCCUCAUUGGCCUGCUUGGGCGUUUGGCUGUUUGUGGGCGGAGCUUCAGUCCCAUUCCUGUUUUCGGGGACCUGGGUGAGGGCGGGACUAACACGCUGCUUCGAGCCCCGUAACCCUGCCUCCUGGAAGAUGAUCUUCAUUCUCAACUACGUGGGCAUGACAUUCGGCUUCCUGAUCCCAUUCGUCACCAUCCUCGGUUGCUACGGCAGCAUCAUCCACCGACUGACAGCUACGGCCUCGUCAUUAGUAGGGUUGACUGGUAGCCUGAACAGGAACAAGAGGCAGAACCCGGGGAGACGUCGUCGCCGGCGCCGGUCUCUGCGUCUGGUCGCCAUGGUGAUCUGCACAUUCCUGCUAUGCUUCCUCCCAUAUCACGUGGCUCGCUCGCUGCACCUGCAUGCGGUGGUGGACAGGUGGGGCUGUGUUGCUACGGUGACGCUGCAGCGGGUGUUGGUGGUGACGCUGUGUCUGGCGGCGGCCAACAGUGUAGUGAACCCUUUGUUGUACUACUGCUCCGGGGAGUCCUUCAGAACGGUCAUACGCAAUGCCUCAUCACGACGACAGUCCUUCUCCUCCUCCUUCACUCAGGGCAGCCUGCUGCUAUCUCGCAGGAAGAGGACUAUUCCCACAAUGCCUACAACACCAACAAUGCCAGACACACCCUUCGCUCCACCCCAAACCCUUUCUGGGUCCCUACCAGACACACACAGCCCUGUGGAAGACAGUCUAUAA